AUGCCUACGCUCAUUGAUCAGAACGCUUCAUGGAAAGAAAAGAGCAACGCCAAGAAGGCUUCAGUCCUCAAUGAUGUUCCAAGCCAGUUCCUACACCCUGAGCUGUGUUUCUCUGACUAUGAUCCGAAUCCAGUCCUCGACAUACCAGCGUCACUUCUAUCCGCCAAAGAACUGGAAAUAACCGCUUUAGAUGCCACUGAGCUCGUAAAAGCAAUAGCUAAGGGAACUUAUACAGCAGUCCGGGUUCUAGAUGCAUUCACCCACCGAGCAGUAAUUGCACACAGGUUGUUAAAUUGUUGUCUUGAAUUCAGAUACCAAGAUGCUCGUGCGGAAGCAGAGCAGUUAGAUCAUUACCUGCGAGAAAGCGGAAAGACUAAAGGGCCCUUGCACGGUUUGCCAAUAUCCGUCAAGGACCAGUGUCGGAUUAUCGGAGCGGAGACCACAUGUGGGUUUGUUUCCCAGAUUGGGGUGAUAGAUUCUGAGAAUAGCACCCUGGUCGACGUUUUGGCCGAUGCAGGAGCUGUGAUCUUCGUGAAAACGAGCUUGAGUAUUGGAUGUUUGUGGGGGGAGACCAUCAAUAAUAUUAUCGGCCAUACAAGCAAUCCGUUCAACAGAUCCUUUUCGUGUGGUGGUUCUAGCGGUGGAGAGGGUGCUCUGCUAGGUAUGCGUGGUAGCUCAAUGGGUGUAGGAUCGGAUUUAGCAGGCUCAAUUCGAAGCCCAUCAGCAUACCAGGGACUUUGGGGUCUUCGUCCGUCAAUUGGCCGUAUUCCGUACCAUCGCAUGCUAAAUGCCAUGGAAGGAAAUGAAAUCAUCGAAUCGGUCGUGGGCCCGAUGUCCCACUCAUCAAAGUCUCUUGAGCUCUUUACAAAGACUGUGGUGGAUUCCCAACCAUGGCUUCAUGACCCAAAAUGCCACCCCAUUCCAUGGCGUGCGGGGGAGCUUGAUGAUAUUUUAUCGGGGAGGUCAUUGCGGAUUGGAUUAAUGCCAUGGGAUGAUUGCGUUCUACCUCAACCACCAAUUCGUCGAGCCAUGCGAGAGAUUGAAUCAAAGCUUAAAGCUGCUGGGCACGAAGUUAUUCCAUGGAAAUUGGACCAGAAAUACGCACUGGAACUAUUAACCACUGCGAUCACCAGUGAUGGUCGCGGUGACGUUGAUCGCACAAUGGCGAAGUCUGGGGAACCUGGCCUAGGACUCUCGUUUCGCCCUGGUCAGAAGCCACUCACAAUCCUAGAAGCAUGGGAGCUUACUAUGAAGCGUGUUGAUUUUCGAGCAUCAGUUCUCGAACAAUGGAAUGCCACUAGGAAAGAUGCCUCGCGCCUGAUGGAUGCGUAUAUCACCGCCAUCAACCCGUCCGUAGCUUUUAUGCACGGAGAACAAAAACGGACACGAUACGUGGCGUACACGGGUACAGUGAAUUUGCUCGAUUUCACCGCUUGUACUAUCCCGGUGACAUUUGUAGAUUCGGAUAUGGAUCUUCCUGACCAUCCAGAGGGAAAUUUUGAUGCAGCCGGCCAGCCUAUCCCUUCACCGAGGUCCGAUCUUGACGCGGCGGUCCGGAAGAAUUAUGAACCAGGGCGCUAUAAGGGACUCCCUGUCGCUGUUCAGGUGGUAGGCCGGAGACUUGAAGAAGAGAAAGUACUGGGUAUCGCUCAAGUUCUGCAAAAGUUGUUGGGAUCGUGAAGGCCAAGCGCAAGACAAAUAAUACCUUUAUACUCUCUAGCUUUCUCUAGGAUUAGAUUUAUCCGUGACUUGUGUUGAUGUCCUGUGCUAAUCGGUUCAUCUGAGAUAUGAAACUUAACGCAUCAGAAAAAUGAAUAUUGUCC